CCCCUCGCAGGAGUCGCAGCACAAGCAAAACCGCAAAAGCCCAAAAUUGAGCUUCCAUUUCUGCAACUCAAAACUUAAAACUGCUAGGCGAAAAACAUUCAGAGCAAAAUGAACAUUUUCCGGUUAGCCGGCGACAUGACCCACCUCCUCAGCAUCAUAGUGCUCCUCCUCAAAAUUCGUACUAAGAAAUCCUGCGCAGGGAUUUCAUUGAAGACUCAAGAACUUUAUGUUAUAGUCUUUCUCACUCGAUACCUGGACUUAUUUACCAGAGUUUACUCUUUCUACAACACUAUAAUGAAACUAGUCUUUAUUGGAACCUCACUCAGUAUAGUUUGGUACAUGAGGUUCCAUAAAGUAGUCAAGCAAACAUACAGCAAGGAUCAAGAUACUUUCCGACACUAUUUUUUGAUUGUACCAUGUUUCCUAUUGGCACUUUUGGUUAACCAUGAAUUCACUGUGAUGGAGUUACUUUGGACUUUCUCCCUGUAUCUUGAAGCAAUAGCAAUUCUACCUCAGUUGAUAUUACUGCAACGAUCGAAGAACAUUGACAACUUGACUGGAAGAUAUAUAUUUCUUCUUGGUUCUUACCGAGCUUUUUACAUCAUCAAUUGGAUCUAUCGUUUCUUUUUGGAAAAUCAUCAAUACCACUGGAUCCCUUGGAUUUCUGGCGUUGUUCAGACUGCUCUUUAUGCUGACUUCUUCUACUAUUACAUAAAGAGCUGGAAGAGCAAUGAAAGCCUCAAGCUUCCUGGCUGACUUGUACAUUUAUCAGUUUGGGUUACGAUGAAAGGGAAAGGCUGUUCUGCAUAAGAGCGAUAAAAAUCUUGAAGUUUUUGUAUCUUCAUAGGCUAACUAUCCACUCCUCACCCCCUAUGCCUUCCCUUUAUGGUAUCAGCAAGCCACAACUUAGAAUAAUUGCUUUGUUCUAUUUUUCAGUGACCAGUGUACUACAGUUCCACCAUGUGUCUUGAAUUAAUUGAAUCUAAUCAAAUCAUGCCUGUCCACAUAUACUUGAUGGUGACUAAGAACGGCCAAAUCUUAGAAUUGAAA